GAUCUGGCGAAGGUCACUUGGCAAGAUUCUACAGUCAGUUACCAUUAAGCAGAUCAAGCAGCAUACCUUUUGGUAUAGCAUCGGUAUCAAAGUGCCUGAGGAAGGCCCUGGCCUGAGCAUCUGCUUCAGAUGGCUGAGAAUGGUCACUGUAUUGUCGAAAGCGAGCGAGAGAUGGGGCCCGUAGCUUGGUAAAUAGAGGCACAGUAGCAGAGACUAUACAGCUUAUUCUUCUCAGCAUCUGCAGAUCACGGUCCUAUCCUAUGCCCACAUGUAGAGUAGAGUGCAGCUUCGUGAGGUUGGAUUUCUGACAAAUUUGAGCAGGACGGCAUCACAGUCCACAAACACCACCACCCACUUGCUUGAUGCACCGUUGAUUCAUCCAGUCCCUCGCCAUGGACUCAGACAGUCUCAUCACAUCGCCUGUGCCUGUUCAUGCGACAUCUGGUAGCAUACUAAGUGCUUCCAUCCCGCUCCUCGACGAGCAAGCCCAGGAAAAUGCUAAAGCCGACAGCCCCCAGGAAGACGUGGAGGCUAGUCAUGCCAGCCCUGCCGAUGAUGACGACGCAUCUACGACGCCUGAUCCUCAGGUACUUUCUGCUGAAUACAAGGACCACGCGUCACCGCCCAUGAGUCCCGUUGUCGCUCCUGCUGCCAAUGACCCGUCUGAUGGUGAACUCGAAGAAAACGAAGCGACCGUGCCCCUAGACAAGACCGCCCAGGGAGCAGAUCAGUCUCCUGCAGAAGAGGGUGAGUAUAAUCCAGAGGAACCUUCCUAUGCCUCUGCGCCGCCUAGUGUCGACUUGCAAGCCUUGCUAAGGAGUUUCAACGCUCAAGCGCCGCAACCUCAAGCGGUAGAAACGGCGCCGACGUCUGCUGCACAGGCUGUUGAGCCGCCGUGGCAUCGAGAGGUGACCCAGUCUGUCUCUGCGCCAGUGCCUGUUGCGGUACCAACCACACGCAACACCGCUUCAGACAAUGCCUUAUACGAGAAAUUUCUCGUCGACGAACGUGCCGUCCUUGCUACUACCGCGCCGCACGAAUUUGAGCCUGGUGCUCGCAUGUUUCUCGGCAACUUGAGCAGCGAGACAACAACAAAACGUGAAGUCUUUUUCCUCUUCCACAACUAUGGACCUUUGGGUCAGAUUGCGCUCAAGCCGAACUUUGGCUUUGUUCAAUUUAUGCAUGCGGCCGAUUGUCGUGCUGCUAUCGCUGGUGAGCAAGGCAGGCCCUUCAGGGACCGUAAACUUCAGCUCGAAGUCUCCAACCCACCGAGAACCAAAGGCGCUCGUGCCGCAGCAGCUAGUACGAGUUCCACGGGUGGUGCAUACUCGCACAACCUUUAUCCUCAUUCGCGCCAUGACUCGCGCUCACAUUCGCCCAAUGCGUAUCGACAUCUUUCGCCGCCGUCGUACGGAGGGCGUCAAGGUCAAGGAUCGUCAAGACGUCGAGACCGUCGCCAGUCGCGCUCUCGUUCUCCCAGACGCGGCCGAGGCGACCAUGAGCGUGCCACUUAUCGUCGCUCGCCCUCGCCACCUCCCUUUCGUGCGCCCGUUGCUCCGCUUUCUACAAGUGGACUGCCAGCGCGCGUUGGUAAGGACAUUCCAGAGGUCCAGCUGAUUGUUACGGACCGCGCUGAUCCAAAUUAUACCUACUGGGUUGAAUCGACGAUGAGAGCUGCUGGCCUGCGAACAGACAUCUUCUUCAUGUCCCCCAAAUAUGUCUUGGCUGACGUUGCCCGGCAACAAGUCAUGGAGGGUGUCUUGGCGGUAUGCUUCCUCAAUACUGUCUUGCAAGCCUCGUCGCAUGUUCAAGUGCAAGUGUUUGACCGUUCCAUGGGUGCCAAUAAUGUUCGAUUUGAGGAAUAUGCGAGCCUCGAUGUGCCUGUUGCCAUUCAGCUGCUUCUCCGCGAGCGUACGAAAGCAGCAGCCUAUGUGCCGCCGACGCCUGUGCCUGCCUAUGGACAACCCGUGCAACCUGGUCGAUUGGCGCAAACAGGCAUGCCUGCACAGCCUUUCGUGCCGCCAUCUUAUCAAGCACCGCUUCCGCCGCUGCCACAGAUGCCAGCUGGCAGCCAACCUGCUGACCUCGCCGCCGUCAUCUCACAAAUGGAUCCUGCCGCUUUACAGCAAAUGAUUGGUGCGUUGACUGCUCAGCAGCAACAACGUCAACAAGGCCCGCAGCCGCCAUCUACAUAUCCGAAUCCCUCGCAGCUUGAAGACAUUAUGCGUUCCUUGAGGCGCUGAUGCACGUAGCAAUUUUUCUUUCGGUGUGCACUCUUGUCAAAUAGCA